GGGAGCGGCGCGGCCCCGCGCCAUGCGGGCCCAGCUGGAGCGGUGCCGCGGCGAGUGGCGGGAGCUGGAGGAGGAGUUCCGGCAGCUCCAGGAAACACACAAAGUUUACAGGCAGAAACUAGAAGAAGUCACCAGCUUGCAGACAGCCUGCAGCAGCUCCAUACACCGGCAGAAGAAGACACUGAGGGAUCUGAAGCACAGCCUGCAGCGGUGCAAGCCAAGAGCGAGUUCUGAGGAGUUUGCUCUCAUUCAGGAGAUCAGCAGCCAGAUCAAGGAGAGGCAGAAUGCCUUCUUUGACAUGGAAGCCUACCUGCCCAAGAGGAAUGGGUACGUGCUCCACCAGGGAUGCUUGUGUCCUCCAGGAAUUUUGGAUUUUUAAAUGUUCACAGUGCUUUGUUCCUGAAGGAAAAGGUUGAAGAAAGACAUGUAAAAUUGGAUUAGUCAUAAAUCUCUUGCUGAGCUGCUGUGUCAGUUGUACACAGAAUUCAUUAGCUGUGAGUGGAUGUAAAUGUGUGUGGGCAGUGCAGGUUUUCUGUUAAAAUGACAGUAACCUGCACUGGCAAGGGAUUGUGCAGUUCACUGUUCCACACUAAUGUUUUCUUGGGCUAAUUUUUUUUUGCAGGCUGAAUCAGAACAAGACUUUUCUCUCUUUUUAAUAAUAUUUUUAACCAACUUUAACUUUUGCUUCAAAUGGGGUUGCUAGGACAGAGUUAUUUCAAUUGUCAAGGGCUGUGUGAUGCUGCAGCCCCUCAGAAGUUUCCUUUAGAAACAUCUCUUCCAAAUCCUCCCUGUGUUUGGGUUUGGACAGUGCACACUACGUAGACUGUAGUGCAAAAAAGGGGCCAGGAAAAUAAGCCUUUUCAGUAACUUACUAGAAAUGUUGACCAAUAUUUCCAUGUAUAAAGCCCUUUCUGUAGUCUUUUUAAUUUGUCUUGAUUAAAAACCUCCAUCAAAUGUGGCUUUGGCAGAGCCACUGUCUCAUCACCUCAAUCUAGAUCAUCCUGUUCAAAUAAAACAACUGACUUGAGUCUGCUCUUGG